CACACGUCACAUGAUUCACUCAGCUGGGCCAAGUGCAGAGAACGACUCCAAAAUGCGGAGUUGGGGAGCGGAACAGUAGCGAGAAGAGCGAGCGAGAGAGAGAGAGAGAGAGAGAGAGAAGGGGGUGAGGAGUAGGACAGCAGAAGAGAGCGAGAGGACGUUAGGCGAUAGGGACGCAGACCUUUAACAGUUAGCUAUAUUGCAAAAGCGAGGCCUCAAGUCGCCGGUUUACUGCCCUGUUCAACAACAAGAGGCACAGUUAAAGUCAUCUGACGGCGUGAGGGGGCUCCUCCACUACAGUGCGGCGGGCUCACGAAAAGGCCGGCUCUCCCCCGGGGAGAAGUGGGAGACUUUAACGCUGAACUGACGGGGUCCGUCACUCUGAGCGUCCGUUCCUGAGGAGGGCCUCUCCCACUCUCAGCGAGGAGGAGGGUCCCUCCCUCCGCUGUUGGGAAGGAAGAGGGCCUCGCCCAUUCCCAGCAACAAAGGACAGGAAGACGAGGAGGAAGAUAAUUCGACGGCAAGGAAGAGGAGGGGAGUGACGAUGAAUGCCAUCGUGGCUCUAUGCCACUUCUGCGAGCUGCACGGUCCCCGGACCUUGUUCUGCACCCAGGCUCUGCACUCGGCCCUGCCGCCGGGAGGGGAGCCGGGGGUGUGUGGUGCUGCUGAUGACGAGGAGGGGGGCAUCCAGAUGGGGACACAGGCACGCAGCCCGGCUGAUGGGGGCAGCGAAGCCUCAGGGAGCCCCGGUCUUAGGAGGGCCGAAAUGUGUGAGGGCUGCCGCUCCUUCUCCCUCGGCCACCCGGGUUACGUCAGCCUGGACCGGGAGGCCUCCAUCGAGUACGUCAGCCACCAGCACCCCACCCACCCGCAACUCUUCAUCAUCGUCCGGCAGGCCUGCGUCCGCAGCCUCAGCUGUGAGGUGUGCCCAGGCCGGGAGGGGCCCAUCUUCUUCGGGGACGAGCAGCACGGCUUUGUCUUCAGCCACACGUUCUUCAUCAAGGACAGCCUGGCACGGGGAUUCCAGCGCUGGUACAGCAUCAUCGUGGUGAUGAUGGACCGGCUCUACCUCAUCAGCUCAUGGCCCUUCCUCUUCACCGCCGUCCGCGCCAUCAUCGGACAGCUGCAGGCCAGCGCGCUGAGGGUGUUUGAGGCAGAACAGUAUGGCUGCCCCCAGCGGGCCCACCGGAUGAACACGGCCUUCACCCCCGGUGCCUUCCUGCACCAGCGCAACGGGAGUGCAGCGCGGUCUCUGCCGUCGCUCACCAACGCCAGCAACCUCUGGGCCUCGCUGCACAGCAGCUUCGCCUGGCUGCUGAAAUCCUGUGGAAGCCGUCUGACCGAGAAGCUUCUGGAAGGUGCCCCCACUGAGGACACCCUUGUCCAAAGGGAAAAGCAAGCAGAAUUAGAGGAAGACUCCCUUUCCUGGGAGGACUCUGAACGCCCACCCCGCCCCAUCGAUGAAGCAGUUGGCCCCCACGAUGGGACGCUGGGCCCUUCGCAGAUGGGUCACCCUGCUGAGUGUGCCUGGGGCUCUGGCUGGGCCUUAUGUCCUGGGUCAACUCCCGUCUUCCGCUCCCUGCGCCACAUGAGGCAGGUCCUGUCCCCAGUGUCUUUCCACGUUCUUGCCUGGCACGUGUUGAUGGGGAACCAGGUCAUCUGGAGGGGUCCCAACCGCAAGCUGAUCGAAUCAGCCAUCGAUGUUCUCGUGACCAUGCUUCCGGUGGGUUGUGUCCGCAAGGUUCCCUACAGCAACUGCUAUGAGGAAGCCUACCGCUGCAAUUUCCUGGGACUGAGACCUGAGGUGCAGAUCCCUUUGCACAUCGCCUCCUCUGAGUUCUGUGUGGUGGUGGAUGUCCGGCCCCUCCACUCCCCAUCGCCCACGGUGACCGGCCACGGCGACCAGGACCCCCUUGGCAACUAUGACUUCACCGUCAGCAGCAGUGCCAUGGUGACCGAUCGAGGUCCCACCAUCCUGAGUAAACUGGAAGCUGCCCUGAGCAACGAGAGCUUGUCGGUGGAGGUGGUGGAUCAGUGUCUCAUCUGCCUCAAAGAGGAGUGGAUGAAUAAGGUGAAGGUGCUGUUUAAGUUCUCCCGGGUCGAUAGCCGCCCCAAGGAGGACACGCAGCGGCUCCUGGCCGCCCUGGGAGCCAGCGACGAGGACAACGUCAAGCUCCUGAAGUUCUGGAUCACCGGACUCAGCAAAACCUACAAGUCCCACCUCCUGUCCAGCGUCCGGGGCGGUGCCCUGACCCCGACUGAGGCCCGCAAUUAGCGGGUGGACCCAGUGGGGCAAAGGAGAUUGGGUGGGGGGAUGCAGAGGAGAGCGAGGAGUGGUGUAAGGGAAUUUGGAUUAACAUCAGUGGGGACACUGUCGGUGACACAGGGCGCUGCAGGAGAGGGGUCACUGAGGGAACUGGAUUAAUGUCUGUGGGGUUGCAGUCAGUGACAGGACGCUGGGGCGAGGGUUCACUGAGAGACUGUGUGAAGGAGCUGGAUUAAUGUCAGUGAUGGGGGCGGGGGGGGGGGGGAGAGUGGUCACCGAGGAACCGUGUGAGGGAGCUGGAUUAAUGUCAGUCCGGAUACAGUCAGUGACACAGGGCUCUGAGAGGGACAGACCACUGAGGGAGCUGUAUUAAUGCUAAUGAGGAUACUGUCAGUGACGCAGGGAGGGAGGCAAGUCACUGAGGGCCAGUGAGAGGGAGCUGGAUUAACGUCAGAAACUUCGGCUGCUGAGGCCAUUCUGCAGAAGGCGGAAGUUUCGGUACUGGAUACUACUGAUGCACCUUUAAUCUAAUACAGGGACUGAGAGUUUGAAUGUGUGUUUUCAAUGACAAUUUUGCUUUUAGUGUGUAAUUAACUUUGUAUUUAAUAUUUUCAUCAUUAAAGCCAGUGUUCUACUGAAUUUGUUAGUCGUAGAAAAGCCCAUCUAGUCUGUGCUGAACCAUUUAAACUGCCUACUCCCAUCACCGUGCACCGGGACCAAGGCCUUCAUACCCCUU